UAGGCCUAGCGGUUACACGCCGUCAAAAAUCGGUUAGCUCCUUUUCCCAGCCGUGCUUUGGUUGUUGCCCCCCCUCCCCCACGAGCACUGAGGUCCUGGGGGCGGGGGGGGGCGGCCGUGGUAUAUGCCAUGACCGUUGCCCUUGCAACAUUACCAGGAGACAGGUAUUUGCAAAUCUGUGCUUCGACUUCUAAUCCCAAAGCCGGCAGGUAUGGGUCUCGCGAGAUAAACCGGGAGCUAGAAAAAGUUGUCUCUUCAACUCUAGUGAUUGCUUCCUUUGCUGGGCAGAAGGUUGCUGUGGGAUUAUAUGACCACAUGAAAGAAAGUGUCUUCUCAUAAUUCUGAUACCUGAGAUGUAAGUGGACUGAAGAGUGAAACAGGAAAAAGUUUAGUGCCAACCUUAGUUACAAUGGCCACUGAUUCUGGGGAGCCGGCUAGCACAGAAGAUUCUGAGAAACCUGAUGGAGUUUCCUUUGAAAAUAGGGUUACCCAAGUUGCAGCACCAUUGACUAUAGAAGCUAGAAUAAAGGAAAAAAACAGUACCUCCUCUGCUUCCGAGGAAACUGUUGAAAGAAAGAGAUUUUUCCGAAAGAGUGUUGAGAUGACGGAAGAUGACAAAGUUGCCAAAUCUUCCCCCAGAGAUGAAAGAAUAAAAGCUGCAAAAAAUAUUUCAAGAGUAGAUAAACUUCCUACCAAUGUGCUAAGAGGUGGGCAAGAAGUUAAAUAUGAUCAGUGUUCAAAGGCAACCUCAGAAUCCUCAAAAGAUUGCUUCAAAGAGAAAAAUGAAAAGGAAAUGGAGGAAGAAGCAGAAAUGAAGGCUGUAGCAACUUCCCCUAGUGGCAGGUUUCUGAAAUUUGAUAUAGAACUGGGAAGAGGAGCAUUUAAAACAGUUUAUAAAGGACUGGACACUGAAACAUGGGUUGAAGUUGCUUGGUGUGAACUACAGGACCGCAAAUUAACUAAAGCUGAGCAGCAACGGUUCAAAGAAGAAGCAGAGAUGUUAAAAGGCCUCCAGCAUCCCAAUAUAGUUCGGUUUUAUGAUUCCUGGGAGUCCAUAUUAAAAGGAAAGAAAUGUAUUGUGUUAGUGACUGAACUAAUGACAUCAGGAACCUUAAAGACGUACUUAAAACGAUUUAAAGUCAUGAAACCAAAGGUCUUAAGAAGCUGGUGCAGGCAAAUUUUAAAAGGAUUACAGUUCUUACACACAAGGACCCCUCCUAUAAUUCACCGGGAUCUGAAAUGUGACAACAUUUUCAUCACAGGACCCACUGGAUCUGUGAAGAUUGGUGAUCUGGGACUUGCAACCUUAAUGCGCACAUCAUUUGCUAAGAGUGUCAUUGGUACUCCUGAGUUUAUGGCUCCAGAGAUGUAUGAAGAACACUAUGAUGAAUCUGUAGAUGUUUAUGCUUUUGGGAUGUGUAUGUUGGAAAUGGCUACUUCGGAGUAUCCAUAUUCUGAGUGCCAGAAUGCAGCUCAAAUAUACCGGAAAGUAACCAGUGGUAUAAAACCAGCCAGUUUCAAUAAAGUCACAGACCCUGAAGUGAAAGAAAUAAUUGAAGGAUGUAUUCGACAAAACAAAUCUGAAAGGUUAUCUAUCAAAGACCUACUAAACCACGCAUUCUUUGUGGAGGAUACUGGACUGAGAGUGGAGUUAGCAGAGGAAGAUGAUUGCUCAAAUUCAUCCCUGGCUCUAAGACUCUGGGUUGAAGAUCCUAAAAAAUUAAAAGGCAAACAUAAAGACAAUGAAGCUAUUGAAUUCAGUUUCAAUUUAGAAACAGAUACAUCUGAGGAAGUAGCAUAUGAAAUGGUCAAGUCUGGAUUCUUCCAUGAAAGUGAUUCCAAAGCUGUUGCUAAAUCCAUUAGGGACCGUGUGACACUGAUAAAAAAGAUAAGGGAAAAGAAGCCUGCUGGAUUCUUGGAGGAUCGCAGGGAGUCCCAGUGCAAGCAUGUGGGGAUUGUAUUUCCUCAGCAGCCAACUCCGACUUUACCACCUGCUCCUGGUCCACACACUGCGGCUGAAUGUGAAGAAACAGAAGUUGAUCAACAUGUUCGACAGCAGCUUCUACAAGGAAAACCACAGCAGCAGCUCUCCUCUGUUAGAGGUGACACUUCAUCUGAGGCAGCAGCUGGAUCGGUUCUACAUUCAGAUAUUUCAAGUCAUCCCACUGUAGCCUAUUCUUCAAGCCAGACAACGAGCUCUCAGUUGCACGAGCAGCCAAAGCUGACUCAGUCCCCAGUUUUGCCUGUGGUUCAAGGUCAGUCCUCUGUUAUGUCCAUAUAUGCCACUGGACUUGCAGUUGUUUCACAGUCCCAAAUUUCUCCAUUAACUAUCCAGAAGGUCUCACAGAUAAAGCCUUUAUCCCAACCAACUGGAACUGACCAGCAAGCAGCUCUUCAAAAUCCAGAUGUUCGAAGUAGCUUGAAUCAGGAUGUGACAGCUAUGAAAGAAAACACCAAUAACCCUGAUAACCCAAGUGGGAAUGGCAAACUGGAUCGGAUCAAGCAAAGAAGAACCUCCUGUCCCAGGCCAGAGAAGGCAACUAAAUUUCAACUUACCGUUCUUCAGGUAUCAGUCUCUGGAGACAACAUGGUGGAGUGUCAGCUGGAAACACACAACAACAAGAUGGUCACGUUCAAGUUUGAUGUUGAUGGUGAUGCACCUGAAGAUAUUGCAGACUAUAUGGUUGAAGAUAACUUUGUGUUGGAAAAUGAGAAGGAAAGAUUUGUAGAGGAACUGAGGGCUAUUGUAGGUCAAGCCCAGGAAAUCCUUCAUGUCCAUUCAGCUGCAGAAAAAUCUACUGGUGUUGAUUCUGUUGCUGUGGAAUCCAGCAGUAACCAAGCAGGGUCAUCUGAACAAGUACUGAUAAAUUCUGCAUCCACUCAAACAAGCAAUGAAUCUGCACCUCAAUCAUCCCCAGUUGGUCGCUGGCGAUUUUGUAUCAACCAAACAAUAAAAAAUUGUGAGGCACAGUCUCCUCCUUCCCUUCAGCCAUCCUUGACAACGGUGCAUGGGUUACAGUCAAUUCCUAGUUCAAGUAACACAAAUAAUCAGGAAAUAUCACAGGACACACUGUUCAUGAUAGAGAAUAAUCCAGGCCAGCGUGAACUUUUCACCUCCAAAUCAGAACAUGAGGAUAUGGUUGAUGGUAAGAUUUCUGAAUGUGCUAGUUUAGAAACUGAGCAGCCAAGUAUUCUCUAUCAAGUGGAAGAUGACAGACAGUUAAAGGCACCAGCUACUGAUAAUUCCAGUUUUUCUGCUAAUUUGGUGCAUCCAGUUCCAGUUGAAUGUGAGGCACUCACCAGCCAAGCAGACAUGUCCAUACCUACAUAUCCAUGUCAGCAAGCUGCCAUCCUGACUGAUGUGCUUAUGGAUCAUCCUAGCGAUUUAGUUCAGACUGGUGGCAAUGCUGUUCUAACUUCAGCGGUUGUAUCAUCUGAUCAAGAGCCUCAAUCUUUAUCAGUUCAGGAGCCAACUGCAGAUGUAGAGCUUGUUUCCUUAGAAGGAGAAACCACAGGACACACUGAAACAAAUUCUCCUAAGGCAGUCAUUUCCACUCACACUUCUGGCUUUGAACCAGCUACCCUUCAACCUGCUACUAUCCUGGAAUCAGAUGGGGAACGGCCUCCAAAAAUGGAGUUUGCGGACAACCGAAUUAAAACACUGGAUGAAAAAUUAAGAAACCUGCUCUAUCAGGAGCACAGCAUUUCUAGCAUCUGUCCUGAGAGUCAGAAGGAUACUCAAAGCAUAGAGUCUCCAUUUUCUUCCUCUGCUGAAGAUAUACUAUCUUAUCCGAUGCCGGAAGUCAUAGCUGUCAGUCACUGUGGGACUCAAGAUAGCCCUGCACAAUCCCCGAAUUUCCAACAGGCAGGCUCUAAGAGUCUGUCCAAUGUGGCUGCAAAUCAGCCUGAUCAUAUAUCAGUGUUCAAAAGAGACUUGAAUAUGAUAACUUCUGUGCCCAGCGAGUUGUGUUUACAUGAGAUGUCCCCAGAUGCUUCACUUCCAGGGGAUCCAGAGGCCUAUCCUGCUGCUGUGUCAAGCGAUGGAACCAUUCAUCUGCAGACAGGAGGUGGAUAUUUUGGCCUAAGCUUUACUUGUCCUAGUCUCAAAAAUCCUAUUAGCAGGAAAUCCUGGACUCGAAAAUUAAAAAGCUGGGCAUACAGGCUACGGCAGUCAACCAGCUUUUUCAAGAGAUCAAAAGUCCGUCAAGUGGAAACAGAAGAUAAACGAUCAACAAUUGUUCCUGAUUCCAUUCCACUGACACAGGAGUUCUCAGCUGACACUAGGGCUUUGAGUAGAUGUAAAACGAUGCGUGGAUCAUUUCAGCAGGGUCGAUUCCAGGUGAUUACAGUUCCUCAGCAGCAGCCAGUGAAAAUGACGUCUUUUAGAAAAGAACAUAGACCACCAUUCAAGAAGGCAACAGUCCAAUCUAGUGAGGAAGCACUAGCCUUUGCUGAAGCUGCGGUGUUGCCUUUGGUUGAAGUGGAACCUUCCAUACCCACUCCAAAGGCUUCAGUUUCUUCACGAAAGUUACGAACUCUUUAUGAAACCUUUAAAGAAGAAAAAGAAAAUCCUGAACAAGAGGACAUCUUAUCUUUGAGCACAGCUAGUGAGCCCAUGACUACAGAAAAGAAUAUGGAAGAAACUUCAACUACAAGAAUUAGUGUGUCAUCUGGGUCUAAACCCUUAGAUAAAGAAAAAGAGGAAUUGAUUCCUGGGAAACAGCCAUGUACUAAGAAAUUUUCAUCCACUCUUCCUAGUAAAGAAAAGUCAGUGGCCAAAACUGGUCCAAAGAGUGAUCAGUAUUUACCACUCCGUGAAGAACAAGCCUGUGCUCAAGCACAGAGUUCACACUUCUACUCUCCAUCUUCCCCAAUGAGCAGUGAUGAUGAAUCAGAAAUUGAGGAUGAGGACUUGAAGGUGGAGCUUCAAAGAUUACGAGAAAAACACAUUCAGGAGGUGGUCAGUCUUCAAACACAGCAGAAUAAAGAGUUGCAGGAGCUCUAUGAACGCCUUCGAGCAACUAAAGACAGCAAAGUGCAAUCUUCAGAGGUUCCUUUGCCACCUACAUCGCCACGCAGGCCAAGAUCUUUCAAAAGUAAACUUCGAAGUCGCCCCCAGUCCUUGACACAUUCGGAAAAUGUUGUUAUUGUAAAAGAGGAACUGUGUGAAGAGAAUAAUACAGCGUCGUGCCAGCAAUCUCCAGCCAGUAAAAAGGGGAUGUUUACAGAUGAUUUGCACAAACUUGUGGAUGACUGGACAAAGGAAGCAGUAGGAAAUUUUCCUAGUAAGCCAAGUUUAAACCAACUCAAACAGAGCCAACAGAAAUUAGAGGCAGAAAACUGGAACAAGGUAUAUGAAAUUCCACCUUCAAGAAGUGUUUGUCAUCAUCUUCAGAGCACUCCAUCUACUAUGGGCUACAACACAUCAACCUGGAUCUCUUCUCUCCCCCCAAUUCAUGGAGCUGUCCCAACCUCCUUGCCACAAGGAAUCCCACUGCCUUCAUUUCCAGGGCCAUUAUCAUCAUACGGAAUGCCCCAUGUUUGUCAGUAUAAUGCUAUAGGGGCCGCAGGGUAUCCAGUACAAUGGGUAGGAAUUUCAGGAACAACACAGCAGCCUGUAGUGGUUCCUACCCAACCUGGGGGACUCUUCCAGCCCGGGAUGAAUUUGCAGGCAUUUCCAGGUCCAUCAGGGCAGAAUCCAGCUUCCAACCCUCCAGGUCCUAAAUGAAUCCAAGCAAAUGCUGAUGUAAGGGGAGGGAACUUUCAGAACACCUGUGAUACUAAACUUUCUUCUUGAGUUCUGCCAUAUUUUCUCUCAUUUGUGUCUACUUUCAACUGUUUUUUUUUUUUUUUUGUUAUUGUUGUUCCAAUGUGAUAUCUGAUACAGCUCAUCAUUCUGUAGUAAUGUGCACACAAAAAUGUUUUUUUCACUUCAAAUCCUAUCCUCUUUGAUACUUGAUUUAAAAAAAAAAAUACUGUUCAGAAUGCUUUAAUGAGCUCAGCUUGAGUGUUACCACUUCCAGGAAGGACACCGUCCAUGUGUUGCUGAGACGCCCUCACCCCACCCCGCCCUCUUUUUUAUGCUGCUGCCAGCAGUUGUAUGGUACUUUUCUUUAAAAUGUGUACAAAAUAUAUAGAUUGGUUCUUCCCAAAUGUGGAUGGUGUAAGAGCCUCCAAUAGCCAAUCUUGUGGAAUUCGUCACAUCUAUCUUAGGUUUACUUUUCACAGAAGGCAGUAACUGGCUGCAGGAAAUGUUUUGAUGGAUAAAUUUAGCAUACUUUUGUCAAGCAGUACAGAACAUGAGUGUUUUUAAUGUGAUUUUCUUCCCGUCAUCACAGCAGUAGGAGUGAGGGCUUGUUUUGAGUGAGGCGGAGGGAAAAGAAAAAGCAGAACUGUAACAGUUCCUUGAACCUACAGCUACCAGGGCUGCUUCUGGGUUCCAGUAAUAACCCAAAGCAGCCAUCUUUUCUCAUGUGCACACUGCAUUGGUUUUAAGCAUUUGAGAGGCACUGGUUUGGCUUGCAUUCUUUUGCUAGACAUUGCAGCUAAUGUGAAUCUCAUUUGGGGGUAAUCCUUGUAAUCCUAACCAAGGAGAUUCAGGUUAACACUUUUGUUAAUCCAUUCUUCUAAAGUGAAAUGUACUUGACACACUAGGGUUUGUAGCUUUUGAGACUUUUACAUGAAACACUGGCUUUACAGGGUUCUAAGAGAGGUACGGUACAUCUCUUAGAUGCAGUGAAAUAGUACACCCUAGAAUCAUAUUAUUUAAAUUGCCUUUAACCUGUUUUGAUGAAAAUUUGGGGGUUGUUAUAAUUUCUUACUAGUAUCUGUAGUCUUAGAGCAUUAGAUCAUUUGUCAGCCUCUUGAGAAUUUGAGAGAUUUCACUGUCAAGUUGCACUUUACUGGGUUUUAUCCAGUUUUAGGAGGAAGGGAGGCAGUGUCAAAAUGUACACCUUUGGUUUUUAGGAAGGUUCACUUUAGUAAUCUUAAAGAUCGCCUACUUACUAUUCAGUCUGUGAAAACCCAAAAUAGACUUUUUACAUGGUGUAUAUCAAAUCCUCCCUAUACGUGUUCAAAUGACUUACCAUUCACUGAAUCUUUGAAAGUCAUUUCUAAUACAUGUUUUCCUUUUUAGGAAUUCUCUUGGUAACCAUUCCAACUUGUGAUCUUUGUUUUUGUUAACAGGUUUUCCUCCAUAUCCCUCUAAAAACUUACCCCUGUGGGCUUGCUGGGAAGUGAGAAAAACCUAAUGGGUGUGCUUCUUUUAUUUAUACAGUGUACUUUGUGACAUUCAGUACCCUUUUUUAAAAUUGCCUUUUAGUGCUAACCUAAAGAUCACACCCAUCAUCACAUUUUUGUCACUGUUACUAAGGGUAUUCUGUGGAUUGCUAUUGGUAAGAGCCACUGUUUCUUUUCUUAAAACAUCCUGUUUUGGAUUAGUCCAGAGCUUAUGCACAGAUUCCUCAAAUUCCUUCUAUGGUAUUGCUUUGCAGGUUGAAGUGAUUUUUAGGAUGUUAAUGUAGUGCACUUGUUUUCCACAUGCACAAAAAACAAUGCUCCUAAAAUCCAUAGUUCUUUAAAACUGUCCUUGUUUCAUUAUCAGUUGAUUUUUGUGUAAUUAUAUUGGGCUAACUAACCUAUAACAUAAAACACUACAGGUUUUAAAGAUUGGAUCAUCUCUAAUCGCAAUCAUUUUAAACAGUAUGCCCCACUGUGAAAAAAGCCCCACAGAUGACAUGUACAAUCCCAUUUACUAAUGGCUGCUCUACAUAGUAUGUCCUGUGUUUCGUUAAACAUCUCAGUUUUACAUAUAAUUCAUCAUUCUUGUUUGCCUGCAGAUGUUUGCAGUGCCUUGUAAUAUUUAGAAUCUUUUCAGGUUUUGCUGGAAAGAAAAGUCAUCUUCUACAGUUUGAAGAUGGGAAUAGUGUACUGCUGUCUCCAUGCUGACUGCAGUAUCUGGGUUAACAUAUAUGUUACAUAUACAUUAUGUAUAUGUAAUGUGUAGAAGUUAAAGUGUACAGAAAAAAAGAGUGUGCAGAAAUGAAGAAAACAAUGUUAUUUGCUUUGCUGUGGGGUUUUCUUUACUUUUCCUCAUUACUUUUUGAUUUGAUUCAGAUUACAGUCACUUUGAUUGUAAAUAUUGGUUAGUUUUCUAGAUGGGGAUUUUGUAUAAUUUCAUAAUUUUGCUAAGUCUUAGAAUAAUGUUGUUUCCAUUUUUGCCUGAAGUACUUUUCCUCCCCCAUAAAUAAUAAAUUCCAGAUAACACUCAGAAGUUCCCAUUUCCUUUGACAAAGAGCCUAGUGCAUAUAAUGGGCCUUCUGUUCAUUUCUAGAAAGCAUGCAAACCUAUCCUUUUCAUUUUCUUUCUUGUAGUCAACAUAAAGGUUGCACUUAACCACCAUUUAUCAAGUUUCCUUGGGAGAUAGUCUAAAGGUCCAGCCACUCUGUUUACCUCUCCAAGUGCAUAGCUGAUGAGCAGCGUUGUGUCUUCAUGUGUGGUACCGUGAGCACUUCACCAUGAAGUACUGCUGUUGUAUCUGUGAAGUUGGAUAUAACAUCUUAAGACUGUGAAACCAGUACUGCUGUAUUCAGUGCAGAUAACCCUUCAUAUACCUGGAGCAGUCUUGAAUCUAAAGCAGUUUGCUGUAGUUUAACAAAUAUCCCCGCAGUUUUUCAUCUCUUCCUUGCUUAUAUCAAGUGUAAGUUCUAAUAGUUUGACAAGGAAAAUUAACUGUGAACAUUUAAAAGGCACUUUCGCUGUGAUUUGUGGGUUGAGUGUAGAGUGUUUUCUACGGUACAAUGCAAUGUUAUCAUCUAAAAACCCCAGAUUUAAUUGCAGUCCAGUUACUUUUGUUUAUCUACCUCAUUUUUCAGUACUGUUUUAGGUGCACAAGUAAAUGUUGCCUGUGAAAUUUGCUUUUUUGCCUUGAUUCUUUAUGAUGUUUUAGAUUCUCAAUCUGGCUUGCCUUUUUUGUCCUAGCACUCACCAUGCAUGUGAGAUGACAGGAACCAUCAUUCUGCCACCAAUCUGUAUUUAAGUGAUGAGUGCUAUGCACCUAUGUGGAAUAAAAAGUUAGGGGAUAUGGGUAUGGAAAGCUAAGAGAGACAUCAAAUUGGUGGCAAUGUAAGACUUAGUGGUGAAAAUUCGUUUUUCGAAUAAACAAAUGAUUCAAAUGUACUGAAGUGAGACAAUCUCAGUGCCUGCAACUUCACAUGUACUGGUGAUGCUUUCUCAUUUCAGUGCCUAAAGGGCUAUGGGUUGAAAUUGCUUUAACUACCACAGUGAAAUACUUGACCUUUUAUGACAGUGACCCAUCUCCAAAAUAUUAGCAUACUGCCUUGUAUGUUUGUUAUCUUAAAAUGGCAGAAUGCAUUUCAUUUGAAUCAUAGGUGGUAAAUAACGGUUUAGAAAAUUGCUUAUCUAAUCUCUGCAGUUUAUGGAGUUGACUUCUCUUUGCUGUACUUUCUAAUCAUUAAAAAUUCCCUUUCCCCCUUUAAAAAAAACUCAGCAAAUGUUUGUAACUGGAUAUUCCUUGUUUCACAUGUUUACUGUAUAACACUACAUUUUUAAUAUUAGUAAAUAUUAUAUUUCAGUCAUCAUUUAUAAGUAUAUUCCUGAGGUAUAUUUGCCAUCCACUUGUGAUUCAGUUACCUCACAUUCUGUUUGAUUUAAAAAAGACAAAAACAAAAACCUGAGCCUUCUGAGGUGGUAUGCAAGCCAUUUUCUAGAAUAGAUUUUUUUAAACCUGUAGUUUGUCCCUUUAUUUAGAAGAUAUAAGAGAAAGGUAUGUGUAUAUAGAAAAGGCUUUUGAUUUGCUAAACAUUAUUCUAGGGUUAAAAUUUUUAAAUCUAGUCCAGAUUAUAAAAUGAAAACACUCAAACAUACUAAAAUUUCCUUUUAAGUAAAAUUGGUAUGCAAUUUGUACGGAGCCAUACUUUCAGACCACCCUGGAAAUAGUCUCGUGUGUGUGUGUGUGUGUGUGUGUGUGUGUGUGUGUGUGUGUGUGUGUGUGAAGGAUAAAUUUAAACAUUGAUCAGGGACCUUGACAAACUAAUAUGUGAAUGGGCCCAAAGUAGUAACCAGGUUAAAGUUAUUUUCCACUGAAAUGGUUGAAAGAGUGUCCAGAUCAACAGCUCCGAUUCUGGAAGGUUUUCUUUGAAGUAAAACAACACAGACUGUUUAAAAAGUUAAAAAUCAGGCAAGAAGGCAAGGGAAAGACUGAGCUCUGAAGGGACAGUGCUUUGAAAUGCAUAUUUGUUGGCCUUCUAGCUUUUUUACAUUGUGUUUCUUUCCACUCUAAUUUAAGAUUUAAGGUUGAGAUUUGUAGUCUAGACCCCUCAGCAGAGAUAGUGGAUAUAAUGACUGAUCAGAAAGUGCAGUUGAAGGUCUGUCAUGCUCAAUCACCUAAAGCUAUAAUUUGUCUAAUACGAAUAUUAAGCAUGUAGACCUAGCGCAGCAUGGGAGCCACUCAGGAAGUUUAUGCAAUUAAACUUUCAUGCAUAAUUUACCAUGAAGUAUGUAGAAUUUCAGCCAAUUCUCAAUACUUAACAUUUAGUUAUAUAUGUGAACUCUCCUUUCUUAAUUUGGGAAUGUAGCAUUAUAUUAGGAUGCUAUUAAACUUAAUUUAACCCCUUUUAACAUGAUCUUUUUUUCCUUUUUUUUUUUUUUUUUUUUUUUUGUAAGCCAAGUGAUCUACCUUUCAGCAGUUGUCUGGUUUUGAUUCGAAACUGUGAUUUUUAUUUUAAUUACUACCCAACUGUUGUUAAAGAUUUUGUUUUCUGGAAUUUUUGUUUUAAAACAAAAAUAAAGGCUAUGUUAAAUGAGUAUGUCACCUUAUUAAA